AUGGAGAUUGACAUUCGGGAUAUUGGGAUUCGGGAAUUUGGCAUUCGAGAUGUUAGAGUUCGGGAAAUUGGGUGUUCAGGAUGUAAGAUUUCUGGAAAUUGGAUGUUCGGGAAAAUGGAUAUUUCAUGUAAUUCGGGAUAUUGGGUUUCGGGAU